UGUAAGUGUAAUUAAGAAGUCAAAAGCAAAAUAUGUUUCAUUGCUUCACAUUAAUUCCAUUAAGAAUAUCAUACUGUGAGAAUGUUUAUAACUUCUAUUGAUUUUGAUUGUGAAAGAAUAAUUUCUAAAUAAAAUGCACAAAUUUUUUUGCGAAUUAUACAAGUAUAACCACAGUAUUCAGAGGGGGCACAAUAAAGUGACAUAUAGUGAAGGUACCUGUAAAUAAAUACUUUUGGUUUUACUAAUAACAAGUGCACUUACACUUUGAAGUUUGAAAACGUCAGGAACGUUUAAAGAAAAACAAUAUGUCUGCUCCAUUGAAGCCUGAAGAAUUAGCUGGUCCAUCCACUACUGCAAAAAGCAGUAGCUGUCGUAGCUCAGGCCAACCGCAGACUAAGAGACAAAAAAUUGAUAAACAUAAAAUUAGUAACAAACUAAUCUCGAUAUCAUCGCUUUCAAGUACACCGGAUAAUUCAAUUCCUCCGGAUAUUGUAGACACAGAUGAAAUCAUUCAUACAAACAACAAUACUCAGUUAAGUUCAUCACUUUCGUCUUCUGCACAUUCCAUAUCCGUUCCUAGCUCUUCUACUAACUCCCCAACGUCAACACCAUCAAGUUCUAGGGCUACAUCACUAUCUCAAUUAUUGAACGUACAAAAUAUUGGAAAAAUAUUUUCUCCACAACCAACAAAUAAUGGAGUCUGUGACAUAACCAAGUUAUCAAAUAAUCUCAGCGGUACAACCAGUGGGUGCAGUAGUGGCAGUAGCUCCGGUGAUCAGUCCGCUGAUGAAGUGGACCGUGUAGUGUUAUUGAAUAUGUGUUCAUCAAAUAUAAAUAGUUUUAAUAAAUCACAUAAAGACACAAACUCUGCAUCAGCAACAGUUGUUACAGAUGAAUCAAAAAUUGCUCAAGAUAUGCGCGAAUUUGAAAAUUCAUUAACUAAACAAUGUUUAUGCGGUGUGUCCGAACGAACAUUACGGAAACCUUUUCAAUCUCACUAUUCGACAGACUUAAAUGGACGAAAACGAAUAGCCAAUAUAAGCGAAUGGCCAACAAACAAACUGUUGCAGUUUCUUUCGAAUUUACAAUUAUUAUUCGAUAUAUAUCUAAAACAAAAUUCGAAGGGGUUUAUUUGUGCUCGCAUAAUGGAUGUUUGUGAUGCACUCAUACAAAAUGAUCAAAACCUAAUCGAUGAAAUUAUUAUCCUUGCUGGAUACAAAAAUGCAUAUGUACAAUUUUUGGCAAGUCGUGUUUUGUCGUCAUUCCUAAUUAUAGCAAAGCAGUCUUUAGAUGAUAAUUGGAUGAAAAAAUUAGUUAAUAAUCUUUUCAAUUUCGAUCAUUUAGAUAAUUUAGCAGUUCAAAAAAUGCACUUUAGCUUGGAAAUAAUUAAACGUAUUGUAGAAUGGAAGGAUGUUGACUUACACCCUCUUGAAGAUGAAAUCGCAGAAACACAUGAAAAUGCUAGUUUCUCCACAACAAGCGAACCGGAACCGAUUAAUAGCGGAUUAGAAACGCAUCCAUUUUUACAUUUACAACCACAGAUACCGUCUUUGGAUACAAAUUAUUUCGCUGUACAUUAUCGAGCUAAUGAACACGACACAACAAAUCAAAAUUCUGGUGAGGCUUCUAUUAAUCAAUGUGAAGUAACCGAAUUUAAUAACAAAAGUGUAAUAUCAAAUGUUCAUAUGACUGAUAUUUUAUAUAGUUCUACAAAUAAUCAAUUAGAGAAUAAUGUAUUGGUCAAUUCAACUGACUUAGAUACAAAUAAUAUUGUACCGUCAACUUCUUCAAAUAGUACGCACCAUGAAGAUCCAAAAUUUAACUAUUCUACGCCACUUACAUCGCGCUGUCAUAUAAUUACAUUGACUGAUUCAGAAAGUUUUGAUACCACAUAUCUUAAGUGCAUUACAAUUAAAAUACUAGAAAAUAGAUGGCCAGAUCUAGUCGAAAAUUUGUCAACAAUUAUAUCCCAUCAUUUUAGUAUAGAAAAUGCCGAGAAUUGUAUUUUAAAUUUUCUGCAGCUAUGGGAAAAUAUAAUAUCCGUGAAAGCAAAUUUAUCAAUUGAAGAAACUCUCCCAUUUUAUGCGCAAUUGGAUAAUUUUAUAGAAUUUUUAAUAAAUAGAGAUCUUUCCUGCACAAUUUAUAAACAAAUGUUAAGCCUGUUUAAUGAGGCGCUAUGCUAUGGUUCAACUCUCGCAUUACAAGAUAUGCUUCCAGAGAAAACAUGCAAAUUGGCGCAUGGAAUAAUGAAACAAACUAUUCGUAUGCUUGAAUCAAUGCCACGACAACGAUCACAAAAUUCUAUAAGUCUUAUAGGAUUUAAACGAAAACCAGUCAUUUAUACAGCGGGAACAUUUCAAUCGUAUGAGGAUGAAAAUGAUUAUGAAAGUGAGAACAGUAAUGCACUUGAAAUGGAUAAAACUAUAUUACAAAAAAUGGUAUUGCUUGUGCUAAAGUCAGUUGCUGUUACAGUGAAAGAAAUACGUAUUGAUUCUUCAGAUUCAUCAAUUGAUUCAACUGAUCACGAUUUCUUGCAGGAUAUGGUGCAUAUUGAGCGUGCAAUACGUGAAGUAUUACAAAAACUUGAAACAUUCAUUAAGCAUAAACUUGAGUUUCAUCCACAAGAUGAUCUUUGUAAAAUACUUGUAUAUUUAUUCGAUGAUCAAGAUGACUAUCUGAUCGAAGCAAUGGUUUGUACUUUAGAUGUCACAACAGGAAUAUCGUUUCGAAAUAAUGCAUUUCCUGAACUUGUCAAAAUGUUAAAUCCAAUUUGUACGUUUCUUGAAUUUCUUAAAAUGAUAUCGAACAGUCAUGUUUUAUUGCUUGACUUACUUAUUAGUAACGAGACUUGUUUUUUACUUUACCUGUUACGUUUUCUCAAAUAUAUACGAAUUAAUUGGAGCAUGUUUUUAGAAACUUGUCAAAAUUCUGUAACGAAUUCAGGCGGCAAUUCUCUAGAUGAAUCUAUGAGUGUCUUAAUUCGACUACGAUUGCAAAUUUCACAUUUAGUGGCUCGUCAAUUAUAUCCCUAUGAUAUAUCGCCUGUUCUACGAUAUCUUGAGAUAUGUGAGAGUUUAUAUGAGCCAGAUGAAUUAAUAUAGUUGUUUUUAAUAUACAU